AUGAAUAGAUCUUUCCACGAGUCUUAUUAUUACAAAAAUUUGGCAAACAAUAAUAAAUCUAGAAGACUUUGGCUAUCUUAUUCACCAAGUAAGGAUCUUAUUUUUUGUAUUUCCUGUAAACUUUAUGGUUUACCAAAAGCCCAAAAAUCAAAUUUAGCUUUGAAUGGUUCAAAUGAUUGGUCUAAUAUACAAAGAAUUAUUAAUAAUCACGAACACUCACAUAAUCAUAUACAGUUAGAAAUCAGUCGGGGUCUAUAUUUACAAAGUAAUCGAAUUGAUCUAAAUGACCAAUUAAUUAUAUGUGCUAAUCGUGAAGUGGCUAAUAAUAGAGAAGUGGUUCGAACUGUUAUUGAGGUAUUGAUUUUUGCUGCUCGACAAAAUAUAUCGCUACGAGGACACAAUGAAAAUGUUCUAUCAUUAAACCGCGGAAUUUUUUUAGAACUAUUAAAAGUCAUAGGACGUCACAGUGCCCCUGUUAUGAUGCAUCUUGAAAAAAUAAACAAAAGUAAUAAUAACAGAUUAACAUUUAUGUCUUCUAAAAGUCAAGAAAAACUGUUAAGUAUAUUAGGUGAAAUGGUUCGAGCACAAAUAUUGAAAGAUGUGAAAAAUGCUUGCCAUUUUGCUGUUAUAAUUGAUACCACUACGGAUAUAUCAAACCAAGAACAGUUUACAUUUAUAGUGAGAUAUGUUAACAGUACUGGUGUAAUAGAAGAGCGAUUGUUGGCUUUAGAAACUGCAAGUGAUGCUACAGAACAAGGAUUAUUCAAUACCUUUUGUACAAUAACAAGUAAAUAUGACAUCAACUGGGAAAAACAUCUGUGUGCACAAUCAUUCGAUGGUGCAGCAUCUAUGCAAGGAAUUUAUUCAGGUCUACGAAGUUUUAUUCAACAUAAAAAUCCUAGAGCAAUUUACGUUUGGUGUUUUGCCCACAUAUUAAACUUAGUAGUGGUAGAUACAUGUGAUUCAUGUACUGAUACUAAAAAUUUUUUUGGAGAUGUUCAAUCAUUAGUAUUUUUUCUAAAAGCUCGCAAAAGAGCAGCUGUUUUUAUUGAAUGCCGAAAAAAAAUGUAUAAAGAUGACAGAGUUUUGCGAUUGAAAAGUUUUUCAGAUACUCGAUGGACCUCACAUGGUAAAGUUUUAAAUGUCAUAUUUUGUAAAUAUAAAGCAUUGAUUGAUGCUUUAGAAGUCUUACAAAAUUCUAGUGAUAGAAUUACAGCAUCUAGUUCAAGGGCAUUUUUAAAGACAAUUUCAACUUUUAAGUUUGUAUUAUGUUUAAUAUUUUUUAAAAAUAUUUUCAUUGUGACUACACCACUUUCUAACUACCUACAGUGUAAAACUAUUGAUUUCUUUGAAGCAAUACAAUUAGUUAAUGUGGCAAAAAAAAAGUUAAGUGAAAUGCGAUCAGAAUGCAAGUAUGAAGUAUUUAUUAACGAAGUUAAGGAAUUUGCGAAUUUUAAUAACGUACCAGAAAAAGACUUUAAAGAAAUGAGAAAAAGGACGAGAGAGUUACUUACAGGAGAAACUCCAGAUGAUAAUUCAAAUGUUUCUUCUAUGGUUCAAUUUAAAAUUAAGACAUAUUAUGCUGCUCUUGAUAAAAUAACAAUGUCAUUACAUGAAAGAUUUAGUCAAUCACAAGAAAUACUAAAAGAUUUGGCAAUAUUAAAUCCUGAUCGUUUAAUGGCGAAAGAUUCACAAAAUCUGCCCAGUGAUUGUUUUCAACACAUUUCACUGUGGCUUGAAAACAUCAAUACUGACCAACUCGGGACAGAAUAUAUUCAAUUUAAAAAUAAUAUUUAUGAACUUAUAAAUGGAUUAGAAUUACCUACUGAGAUUCAUGACGACACUAGCAAAGUACAAAAUACUGAGAUUGAUGAGAAUGAUGAUUGUUCAAGUAAUGACGGAAAUUUGAAUAUCAUGGAUGAAUAUAUUGAUUUGAAUAAAAAUGUAACUAUUACAACUAUAAUUCAAUUAUUGACAAAGUAUGGACUUGACUCAGCCUUUCCUAAUUUGCACGUUGCGUAUAGAGCUCUGGCAACAAUUCCAGUACCAUCUGCAUCAGCUGAAAGAUCUUUUUCAAAGGUGAAAUUGAUUAAAACCAGACUAAGAUCAACAAUGGGGCAAGGUAGAUUAGAAAGUCUCUUACUUCUGAGUUGCGAAAGAGAUAUUCCAAUAGAUAUAAAUAUUGUUAUUGAUAAAUUUUCACAGUCUUCAGAUCUCUUAAAAAAUGCAUUAACUUUUAAAUAA